UGCAGCUGAACUUGCUUUGUGAAAACGAAGACUCAGAGUUUUCGUUAACUCAGGGUAUACUUACUCAGUUUUUCCACUAAACCGGCUUCCUGGAACAGGGCCCAGUUUUCUUCACUUUAGCUCCUAAGAAGAUUCGUGUUGAGUUUUGACGUGAGACGAUAUGAACGGAAAAAUAAGCCUUCUCCUUCUUUUUCUCGUCUUCCUUACAUCGACACCAGGUGUGUGCCCACUGAGUUUCCAGGAAGUAAAUGUCGAGGCAGGUGAGAUGGCGGUACUGCAGUGCCCUUCUUACAGAGAGUACCGUGAUGGAGAUGCUGAGGUGUUCUGGACCAGUCACACCGUGGAUGAAAUGAAACUCUUCAACAUGUCAACGUCAGCUGAGCAGAGGCAGAUGGGUGUGCUGGUUCAUGGAAGAAUCCUUGUUAUUCUCAGAGCUUCAGUAAACCAUCAGGGGAAUUACUCCUGCUCUUUUCGGAAUUCCAGCAGACAGUCCUGGAUAAGCCUCAAAGUAAACACAGCUCAGUCCAGAGACUCUGAGCAAAUGAACCAGAUCUCUAAAGAAUGUUACACAGAGGAGUUCUGCAAGUUGUAUUGCCCUGAAUUUUUUUUUCCCUUUAACACCCUGAAUAUCACCAGAAGCGGCAUCACAUGGCACAAGGAGGGCGGGUCAUCACCAAAAGACGGUUACUUCCCAAGUGUGAAAAAAGAGGACAGUGGCAACUAUACCUGCACCCGGUCUUACCUGUAUGAUGGUCAAAUAUAUAACAUGACCUCUACGGUGAAACUUGAUGUCCAACCAAGCAAAAUAACUAAGAAAGCAGUGAUAAUUUCACCAGAGAACAAGCAGGUAUUUGAGGUAGAUUUAGGUUCAACAGUGGUGAUUGAUUGUAAAGCAGUUAUGAUGUCAGAGACUGAUGACUUGUUUUGGUUAAGUGAAAGUUCAUUUGUGGAUACAGACACUAGUCUACCAGUUUUCUAUAAUGAUACACGGGUCAUCAGCACAGAGGAAAUCAGAAUGAGAACAUCUCUAAUCUUCAGAAAAGUGUCAGAGGACGAUCUGUCAAAAAAUUAUACCUGUAAACUGCAAUCUGCCUACCAAACAAGCUUUGUCACUAUCACUCUAAAACAAAAAGCUGCUCCUUCCUCUUACUUUGUGGCUUUAUGGAUUGUGGGCUUUGUGCUGAUGGUGAUGGUACUAACAGCAAUUAUUUAUGCAAAGUUUAAAGUCGACAUCACGCUUUUCCUUCGUCGAAUUCUUGGCUGCCAUCGAACCAUCCCAGAUGGAAAAAGCUACAACGCCUGCUUGAUGUAUUACAAGAGUAGCACAGAUCCAGGACUAAAUGAAGAUGACAGAAAAAGGCUGGAGAGUGAAAUGAAGUACAGACUUGGUUAUAGUCUCUGUCGCUACAGUCCUGAUGUUGUACCAGAGAGAGGAGAGGCUGUGUUAGACUGCAUAAAGCAGAGUCAGACAGUGGUUCUGGUCCCCUGCUCAGAAGAUUCUGGUUCAGGAGUCGACCUGCUGAAAAGUAUCCAAGCAUCCCUCAAGAAGUUGCAGACUCACGUGGUUUUGAUUAAAACUGAGACAGCCGGAGUCUUGAGCACAAGUUCAUCUUUAGAGGCCUUACAACUCUGCAAAGCUGCAGACUGUGUCACCUGGAAGGGAAAAAGCUCGAUGCUGCCCUCUUCUGCCUUCUGGAAGCUGCUACGUUAUUACCUACCUGCCCCGCAGAGAGCACCCAGAGCUUUAAUAUGACUGUACAGUAUUUAGGAUGUAAGACUGUAUUUCCUCCACUGAACACACACACAUGUAAAGGAAGCUCUUAAAACAUGUGGUUAUCCUAUUUGGUCUUUCAUCAAGUCAGCAAAGAGUCAUAGAGAAGACGAUCAGACAGAAACUAGGGAGGAUCAGAAAGACUAACGCAACAUCCCAGUGUACUUCAGACCCAGCCACACAAAAACUGGUUCAUCCCAA